UCGCUAUCAAGUGUGGCACUCAACGCGCGGUGCUAAUUGAAUUCAGCAUCGGCAUUCGUGUCACGACGCCCAUACACUCGCGUGUUCAAUUCUGUUCGAACGCCAAGUGGUACAAGUUUAUUGGGAAAAUAUUUGCAUUUCUGCUGGUUGCUUCAAGGGUGCGAUCCUUGUUCGGUGCUGAUCUCUUGUUGUUUGCAGUUUGCUGUCACAUUCAACGGAAGAAAAUGGUUCAUGAAGAUAGUUUUGAUUGAUUGUAUUCAGACGAGAAAAGUCACACUGUUCUAGUUAAGAAAGUGCAAUAGUUUAUAUUAGUGUAAAGUUCAAGCUGGGAAAUAAGUGAAAAGAAAUCAAGAUGAAGAACGCCGGGAAUAAUCUGCAUUACUUUACCGACUCUUCGGACGAUGACGAUGAAGAAACGACGAUGAUUAAAAAGGUUCAGCAGGACAACAAGCUGUGGGACUCGUUUCAGGAUCCGCCGGUCCAGCAAACGUCUGGCUCGGCUGCCAGUCAGGACUAUCUGAUUGUGUUCAUCAAGUGCCUCAAAGUGUUUACGUACAUCUUCGUCUUCCUGGUUACGCUGGCGGCCAGCUGCUUCUCCAAGAUGUCCUUCCUGCUGAUGACGUCCAACGUCCGGGAGGGUACGAAAAAUCGAUUCUGUGACGUGAGACAACCAGACAAACAGUUUGAGGCCUUCAUUCCAACGGAGCAACGCAUCGGAUGGAUGUGGGCCAUCAUCAUUUCGUUUACCAUUCCGGAAGUUGGAACAUUGAUUCGAGCUUCCCGUAUAUGUUUCUUCAAAAACAUUUCACGACCCACGUGGGGCCAACUAAUGGCCGUUAGCAUUAUGGAGGGUUUCCAUGUGACAGGAUUGGCCAUGUUGGCAUUCCUCAUCUUUCCAAAUUUGGACGCCGUCAAAGCGGUGAUGCUGACCAACUGCAUCUGCUUGGUUCCGGGAGUUCUUGGACUGCUGUCUCGCUCAUCGUCGGAGUCCAAGCUUCCAUUCAAGUACACAAUCGACGUGCUGGCAAUCAGUGCACAGGUGACGGGAUUCGUAGUGUGGCCCAUGUUGAAUAACACGUUCGAAUUGUGGUUUAUACCGGUGGCGCUGUUCCUGGUAUCGUGCCACUGGUGGGAGAACUACCUAUCGCUGAAGAGCUACUUUCGACCAUUCGCUGCAUUGGCCACAAUUCGGGAAAAACUAACGGAAUCUCGUUACUUCACCUAUCUGUUCAUAUCACCGUUCAAAAUACUGCUGUUCAUGGGAGCCGGAGUGUACCUGUCCGGUCAGACGGUGUCCGAUUUUUUCACCAUGUUCAGCCCCGGCUGGGGUAACCACACGAUCGUGGUUCGCGAGAUGGAAGCAAUCCUCAAUGAGAAAUUUCCGGAUUUAAGCUCGAUAACGUCCGACCUCGAAGUGUUGGAGAUAUUCCCGGAUAAAAAUGCUGUCCUUUGGAUCACAGUGAUGCACGUGAUCUGCUCAUAUUUCUGCUACAUAUUCAGUAAAUUCUCCUGCAAAAUUCACAUCCAAAGCUUUUCGAUGGCAUUCCCCGUCAAUCUGACCGUUCCGGUGACGGUAACGCUGCUGCUGGUGUUCUGCGGCCUUCGUGAAGCGGACGUGUGCGCAUAUAAUGGAAUUCUACCGGAUUACCUGUUCUUCCGGAUGCCACCGAUCUACUACCUGUUCGACUAUGUCAUCAACGAAUUCUCCUGGCUGUGGUUGUUAUGGCUUCUGUCGCAGACCUGGAUUACGCGGCACCUGUGGAUGCCCAAAAGCGAUCGUAACGCAUCCACUGAGAAGCUCUUCAUCACUCCGAUGUACAACAGUCUACUGGUAGAUCAGAGCGUAGCAAUGAACCGGAGACGUGAAGAUCAGGAGGACUUCGUUAAGAAGAUUGACAUGGUCAAAGUGAAGGACACCGAAAAGGCGAACGAAAUCGACGCCAAGGCAAACGAGCGGAAGAACGAUACGAUCAAGCCGUACGACAGGAUUCCGCAGAUCUUCAUCUGUGCAACCAUGUGGCACGAAACCAAGGAAGAGCUGAUGGAGUUCUUGAAGUCCAUUCUGCGCUUGGACGAGGACCAAUGUGCCCGCAGAAUGGCCAUGAAACACAUUCAAACAUCCAAGGUGGACAUUGAUCAGGACUAUUACGACCUGGAAACACACAUCUUCUUCGAUGAUGCCUUCGUAAACGACAAAAGCAAGUGCGAAAGUGCCAACGAUUCACCGCUCAACUCCUACGUCAAGAUGCUGGUCAACAACCUCGAAGAUGCUGCCCUGGAGGUGUACAAAACCAAGAUGCGCAUCUAUUCGCCGACUAAGAUCGUCACUCCGUACGGUGGCCGACUGACCUGGACGCUGCCCGGAAGAACCAAAAUGAUCACUCAUCUCAAGGAUAAAAACAAAAUCCGACACAAGAAACGCUGGUCCCAGGUAAUGUACAUGUACUACCUUCUGGGCUACAGGAUCAUGCAGCUGAACACCUCAGCCGAACGGAAGAUGGUGAUCGCACAGAAUACGUAUCUCCUUGCACUGGAUGGGGACAUCGAUUUCCAACCGAAAGCCGUUUCCCUACUGGUAGAUCGGAUGAAGGUCGAUCCGGACCUGGGAGCUGCCUGUGGACGAAUCCAUCCCGUUGGCACCGGCCCUAUGGUGUGGUAUCAGAUCUUCGAGUAUGCGAUCGGUCAUUGGUUGCAGAAAGCUACCGAACACGUCAUUGGGUGCGUUCUGUGUUCACCUGGAUGUUUUUCCCUGUUCCGAGGUCGAGCUCUGAUGGAAAACUCCGUCAUGAAAAAGUACACCACCAAGUCCGAUCAGGCCCGGCACUACGUCCAAUACGAUCAGGGUGAAGAUCGUUGGCUGUGUACACUGCUGCUCAAACAAAAAUUCAGAGUCGAAUACUCGGCUGCCUCCGAUGCGUACACUCAUGCUCCGGAAGGCUUUAACGAGUUCUACAACCAGCGCAGACGUUGGGUGCCGUCAACCAUGGCAAACAUCUUCGAUCUUCUUGGGGAUGCCAAGCGAGUCGUCAAGACCAACAACAGCAUCUCGAUGCCCUACGUUAUCUACCAGUCCAUGUUGAUGUUCGGUACCAUCCUUGGUCCAGGAACGAUCUUCCUUAUGAUGGUCGGUGCUUUGGUAGCUGUAUUCCGAAUCGACAUCUGGACGUCCUUCCUGUGGAACGGAAUUCCACUGGCUGCCUUUAUGGCUAUUUGCUUAUGGAUGAAGCAAAAAUACCAGCUGAUGGCUGCAUUCUUUAUCUCAGCUAUCUACUCGCUCGUGAUGAUGGCCGUAUUGGUCGGUAUCAUAAUGCAGGUCAUGGAGGAUGGUAUACUUGCUCCGUCCUCGGUGUUCUUCAUGGCCAUUGCACUGCAGAUCGUUGUUACGGGGCUCCUGCAUCCCCAGGAAAUGGAAGCCCUCCCAGCUGGUCUAGUGUACUACAUCACAAUCCCGUCCAUGUACAUGCUGUUGGUUAUUUAUUCGGUGUUCAAUAUGAACGACGUUUCGUGGGGGACAAGGGAAAAUCCAACCGAAGCUCCUGCAGCGGCGCCGGCUCAAAAGGUUCCACAAGGGAAGAUGAACAAACUGAUGGGUUAUCUUAGGUCCGGCGAUCAAGAAGAUGAAGGUUCGAUCAACUUUUCCGUGAGUGGGCUGUUUAGCUGUCUGUUCUGUACCCAUCCGAAGUCCAGUGCCGAAAAGGAACAGAUGGUGCAGGUUGCCGGUUCACUGGCGGAUAUCAACUCCAAGAUGAAGGAUCUGGAAAUGAAAUUAACCGGCACCGUCACCGUAGUGAGAUCCGACGACGAAGACGACGUUGAUGAAAUGGGCUGCCUUGACAUGCACCACCGCCAGGAAGGUGGUUCACCGACCGGAGUCUCCUCGCCAAUGCAGACCGUGAAGAACUCCGAGAUGGAGGAGCCGGAAAAGCAAAUCAACUAUCUCCCCGAUUGGCUGUACGACGUGGAUCUCCGCAACGGUGACACCGAAACCAUUUCCGCCUCGGAGGAACAGUUCUGGAUCGAACUGAUCGAGAAGUACCUCAAACCGUUGGAUCUCUCGGACAAACAGAAGGCCGAAAUGAAAUCCCAGCUGAAGAACCUCCGUGAUCUGGCCGUGUUUGCCUUCGUCAUGGCGAAUGCCCUGUUCGUGUUGGUCAUCUUUCUGCUGCAGUUGAACAAGAAGGAUCUGCACAUCCAGUGGUGGUUCAAUGCCAAGAACACCAUCAGCUUCGACGAGAGCACCGUAGAAAUCGUCGUCCGACGGGAGUACCUGGAGAUCGAACCCAUCGGGUUGGUGUUUGUGUUCUUCUUCGGGCUGAUCCUGGUCAUUCAGUUUGUGGCUAUGUUGAUGCAUCGAUUCGGGACGAUCUCGCAGAUUUUGGCAUCUACCCAGCUGAAUUGGUACUGUUCGAAGAAGGCAAAGGACAUGUCGCUGGAUGCGGAACUGCGGGAGAAUGCCGUGGAAAUUGCGAGGAGAUUGCAACGACCGAAGCCGCAGUGGGAUGAAGAGGACUUGGAAGAUGACCAGAAGGCGAUCGGGAGGAGGGAUACGAUCCACAGGAUUCUGUACCAGCACAAGAACAAGCAGGAUUGGAGUAAUUUGGAGGCGAAUUUCAAGCGAAACUACUACAAGGAUGGUGAUCUCAACCUGGGUGGUCGAUUGACGCUGAGCAGAAAGACGCUGAACGUACUGGACACGAGAAGGAAGUCAAUGGCCGAGCAGAGAAAGAUCCGAAAAUCCAUUCUCCAGGGACAGAAUCCUUACGAUACGGCUGGAGAUUUGUGGUAUCAGGGUAGUCCCGAUAGUGGACUGAAUCAAAGAAAGAGCCUGUCUCCGCCUGGCUACAGCGGUCCGCCAACAGGAAGAGGCUCGAACGGUAACCAGUACAAUCAACCACCGAACUUUGAACGUGGAAACCAAGGCAUGAUAAAUUAUGCCUACCAGAUCGAUGAAGAGCUAGAGGAUUAUUCCGAAGAGGAGGAGGCCAUGGACUUUGAACGACCUACUAUGCAGAUGGAGAUGACCGAACGACCGACCGGCAAGCCCAAGCGACAGAGUCGGGUAGCGUUUGCUUAAAUUUUAAUUCUUCCAACACCAUUGUUGCCAUAAUUUGUAAUAGAAAAUAUUUUUUGAACAUCACACAAAACCAAGAGUU